AUGGCAAUGGAGAUUCCUAAGAUCUCAAAGCUUGACAAGAGAAUUGUCGAAACGAGGAUGAUGAAGAAGAGAAUGAAACCCGAAUCUCUUACAUCUCUUAACAAUCUUGACGAUGGUUGUCUCAUGCACAUCCUCAGCUUCCUAUCUCCAAUUCCAGAUCGGUAUAACACAGCACUCGUUUGCCACAGAUGGCGAUAUCUGGCGUGUCAUCCUCGCUUGUGGCUACGCGUUGACCGUUUUGUUAAGGAUUUAUCACAGCCUGGUGUUUUCCACAACAUUGAGUCAGCUGUAUCUGCGGCGAGACCCGGCGAUACCAUUUUAAUAGGAGCUGGUGGGAAUCAUCACGUUUCUAAUAUUCAGAUUAAAAAGCCUCUUUGCCUGGUUGGUGGAGGCGAGAUUCCUGAUGAAACUACCCUCGUCUGUUCUCGAGGUUCAGACAGUGCCUUGGAAUUGCUAUCGACCUGCAAACUAGCGAAUCUAACAGUGAAAGCCGAGCUCGGCUGCUGCUUGCUUCAUAGGAGUGGAAGGCUAAUGAUUGACGGAUGUGUGCUUCAAUGCGAAACAAACCCUUUGGAUCAUCUCUCAUGCCCAAUCGUGAGUACUGCUGUAAAUGAAGAAGAUAUCUUAAGCCAAGUGGAAGUGAAGGAAGCUGUUGUCGAAAAGAUUAAGGGAAACAGUGUGAAUGUUUUCCAGACAAGGAUCGAGGGAGGUGCGAAGGCUGUCUCGACAAGCGGAGACUUGGUUCUACAGCGCGUUCGGGUCAUGUACUCCAAGGCUUACCUCUAUUUCUGGUUUGAUGUAGAUCACGAGUGA